AUGAGCCAGUAUCCUGUACCACCACCGUCAUACGGCUCUGCAACGCCUUCGCCUAAGCAGGGUAAUCUUGGAGAUGAAAGCCGGGAUCCUCUGUUAGGCAGCUCCGCCAGUGGCAGAGCUUUUUUUGAUCAACCCGAGGCUGGUGAUAUUCCAGACGACUUCAAGUACGGCACAACAGUAUCUGAGAGCUCCCCAGAAAUUCGAAAUGCCUUCGUCAGGAAAGUCUACACGAUACUUUUCUGUCAAAUUCUUGCUACUUGUAUCGUUGCGGGUGGGAUAUCACACUCCGAGUCUGCUAUCUUCUGGGUUCUCAAUCACACUUGGUCUUUCUAUGUUCCCCUUUUUGGCACACUUAUCAAUCUUGGACUAUUGUAUUGGAAGCGACAUGACCACCCUUUGAAUUUUGUACUCUUGUCAACUUUCACGGUAAUGGAGGCUUUUACACUAGGGGUUACAGUGGCGUUCUUCGACACAAAGAUUGUACUUCAAGCUCUCCUCAUCACUCUUGGGGUUUUCCUUGGACUUACUCUAUUCACUUUCCAGUCGAAGUAUGAUUUCGAAGGCCUCGGACCCUGGCUAUUUGGUGGAUUAGUUGCUCUUUUAAUGACCGGAUUUGUUGGAAUGUUCAUACCAUUUGGCCAAACAAUGGAUCUCAUCUAUGCCGCGGGGGGCUGUCUCAUCUUUAGUGGCUAUAUUGUGUACGAUACAUACUUGAUAAAUGCGAAGCUGUCACCCGACGAAUUUAUCAUGGGUGCUAUUAGUCUCUAUCUCGAUUUCAUCAAUCUAUUCAUCAGCAUCCUUCGUCUGCUCAACAACCUGCAGGAACGGUAA